CCAGCCUAGCAGCAACAGCAUCAGCAUCCUCGAUAGAGUGAUGUCGACACACUUGGUUGGGAUUUUGUCACAACAAUGUCAGUUGCCGUCAGGCGGGCCGGCGCAGACGGCUGAGCGUGGGAUACACGCACGCGCGGCUGUCAUGGUCGAAGAGGUCUAAAGCCAAGAACUUCGGAAGCGCUCUCCGUUCACUUUACCGCAAGACGUCUCACGCUGCAGGCCGGUGACUGGCGGUCACUCGCAUUCGAAGAGUCCAUAGGAACGAGGCACCGUGAAGCGUGCCGAGAGUUGUACCGCAUUCCAAUCUCUACCGCGCGUCGUCAUCAUGGUCAUGGGUAUCAGCAAAGAGCUGCAUCGGGACGACGCCAAGGACGGCAGCAAGGGGUUUAAGAAGCUUUUCUCGCUGCGCCGAACCAAGAAGGGCAGAGAGAAGCAGCGGGAAGAGCAGGCGCAGGUGGAGGAGGAGGAUGAGAGUGGAUCUCGAGGACUCGAGAACAGCGCAUUCGCUCCGCGGGACCGUGAGCUCGGGGGAGACGCGGGGCAGGCCGAUUCCCCCGGCUGGCAGGCGGUCUGGGCUGACGGCUUCCACGAGCAGGGCUCCUCCGUGGGUGCUCGGGUCAGGCUGGGCAACAUCGCCCCGCUGCCCGACAGGUACGAGCAGCUGGUGACGGACGAGGAGAAGGAGGAGAGGAAACGGAUGAAGAAAGAGAAGCACAAGAAGUACAGGAAGAACGUGGGCCGGGCCCUGCGGCGUAGCUGGACCUACUUCGUCACGGGCCUCACCUCGGCCACCAAUUUCUACGUCUCUCCGUGGGCGGCCGCCUCCGUCAUGAGGACGUCCUCCAAGUGACCUGCGACCUCCACCCACCCACCCACCCAUCUCAACCGGACGUCGCCUUCACUUCCAUUGCUCCAACGGUCAACGAUCAACUUGCGGGCAGCUGGGGUGAGAGCGUUCGACACCGGAGGAGGAUUACUGAAGGAGAGGCAGUGGCUCACUCCUGCGAGAAGUUCCAUAAUCAGCCCGCGUCUUUGCCAAAGCAUUGAAAUGUGUUUAACAAAAUGCAAUUAAUUGAUGAAAAAAAACACCGCAGCUUUGUUUUUUUUUACCCUGCCAUUCGCAUGCAAGGGUGGCACACAUCUUGGCUCAAAACGAUGAUUAAUGAACGCUUCAUAUUUUGUGGCAGAGGAAGGUGAGGUUAACGCUCGUGUCCGAGUACUGGGCCAGGCCUGGUGAGAUUCUGCGGUUGAGUGUGAACGGGCACUUGAAAUUAAGCCAGUUUCUAGUGUGCGGCGAGUUACGUGGUCUCAGCCCGUUCGCCAAUGCACAAAACACCGUACAGUAUUUCGUCUUUCGCUUAAUUUGGUUUAACAUUUCUGUGUUUUGCUAAAGCGCACAAAUUAAACACUGUGCUGUGUAUGAGAUGAAGGGGGUGAGUGGUGGCGCCGUGGUUGUGUCGCACUGCAAUACGACGAAGAACCCAGCAAGUUCGAGUUUGAGUCCCGGCUGGGGUGCUACGUACCAUACUAUGGGUAGAGCUGUGGCUUAAACAGCACCGCACAGACACAAACGAAUACAUUUUUAUUUGUAUUUCAUACGUAGGCUUUCACGACGAACACUACGAUUUAUCAUUGGUUUAUUUUGGGUUAGGUCGCAGUGAAGAAAUGUGUCGUAAAUCUUCCUCCCCCCAGCGCAGCCGAUUCAUAAAAUAGUGUCACGUGAAUCGAACGUCCCAAAUUAAUAUACCGCUUCGCACCACACUGGUGUGUGUUGCUGCAGCAGCAGUAAAUGUGCAACGUUUGAGUCACGUGACACUUUUAUGAAUUGUCCGCGUCGGGUGGAGGAGGUUUUUGUUUUUUACGACACACAUUUUUACACCGCCUAAACCAAAAGAAGCCAAUUGUGAUUCACAAGCGAGAAUGAUUAUACGCGUGGGAAAUGUGGUUGGGACAAUGCGAGCAGUCGGAUUGGGACUCUCCGUGAGAGAUGCUGAAGAUAGCGCAAGGCUAAAAGCAUCCGCCGUGGGCAUCAAUCCUCAGCGAUGAGGAUGACACCAGAUCGACACAGACACUGGCACAAACAAAGACAAAGAUACUCCAUAUGCCUGUAACAGACUGUUGGGGCAAGUGCUGUUAGCGAGCACCUAUGAAGGCCGGCACGGCACACAAGGGGGUGGGUGGCCAACACCACGCCCGGCCGCCUUUGUCUCCCCAGUGGUGAUGUUUAAACACCAUACACAAGGUACUCAUUUGAGGCCGAGUCGACCUAGGAGAGGCCCAGGACCGACUCAGAUAAUCGUCACCGGUGUUGGCCGUGAGCAGGAAUCGAACUUGGUUUCGCCGGGUUCGUAGUGCAGCGCGCUAACCACUACACCACCGCUCCCUCACUGGCACACACACACACACGUGUUCACACGAGCACACACACACGUGUAUGCAGGCAUACACAUCGACAGACAGAAUAACCAGUGAUGUACCCAUCUGUUGUCAACACGAAGACCGAAUUUCUGAAUAUUUACUUGCUAAGGCAACGCCGACCCUCGUAACAAUGGCACUUGUAGUCGUCGUUUAUUUCGCCUGGAUGGCUGAAUUAGUUGUGUUUCAGCUGACACGGGAAUAGGUAACAGGCGGAGCCAGCGCGAGAAGGGGUGAUCGUCUCCCAUGCAAUCCAAACUACGGGCCGUGCAGUAAACCCACUGCGGUCUGCCCCCCUUGAACCGAGGAGGAACAGCAAAACGACACGAACUCUCUCCCCGAAGCUCUCUCGCCGUGACCAGCAGCAGACCUUGACAAUGGCAUUUAGCUCCUGAGCAUAUUGCUUUCAUCAAACGCAAUUACAGAAUGCAUACGGAUAUAGAACAAGAGAUACACAGGGUAUCUUCUUUCACACGACAAACAUCACUUGAUGCAGUGAUGUUAGCUGUGACGGUCCCACCUGAUGACGGAGACUUGUGUUGCCUCCGAAACGUCGUGAUUUAUUAUUUUAUUUCUAUUAUUAAUUGUAUUUUUAUUUUUUACCUACGUGACUUUACCGAAAAAGCCUAAGAGUAUAAACAUCGGUAGUUUAAAAAAAUUAAUUAAUCGUGACAAUGACAUACUUACUAAAAGCUAACAGCCAUUGCAUUUUUGGCUCUUUUUGAACCCCUGUAUUUUAAUAAUUUUUAUCACAACACUGAUCGUAGCACUUAUUUUUAGUGCCUUGUUAAUCCACUGCUGGAUGGCUUCGCCACUCCAUGUUAGGCACGGGAUUUUUUUUUACCAUACCUCACCACUCUGGUACUUAUCAGUCGGUGAGGUUGGUGCCCAGAAACGCAAGCACACAUUUCACCUCGAAACAUUUCGUUCAUAUCGGCAGCGCGAAGUAAAGCGAAGCAGAAUUUGGCAUAAUUGAAGUUGUUUUUGUUCUUACUUGAUUUCACAAACCAAUUUAGAAAAUAUAGGUUUAAAAAAAAAUCGUAUUUGUCUACUACUGUCAUGGGAUCUCCUUUGCCAGUACCAACAUAUAAUAGGUUUUUCCCCUUUUUUUCCUACGCCUUUUGGCGUCCUCUGGUCUAACACCGUUUGAGACGAGGCUCAAAAGAAAGCUGUCUCUGGUGUGGACCAAUCGGUUUCAAAGACAAUGCAUAUAUUAUCAGAGUAUGUUUUUUUGCAUUCUGACUACAAGCAUUGUGGUUAAUGCAGACAUGAUUCCUUGUAAAAGGUUUCAGUUUGGUGUUUUAACAUCUUAACACCUUCUAGAUUUGAAGUUUUCGUGACUGCAAGGAUCCAUACUCUUGGUUCUUUUGGUAAAGUCACGUAGGUAAAGAAAAUAAAAGAUAAAAAUUAAUAAAUUAAAUCACGCAACACAAGUGUCCGUCAUCAGGCUGGGACAACCACAGUAAGAAACAAUUGCUGAAGUAGGCAAAAGAGCUGAUUGUGACAAGGGAUUAUACUGGUAGGAACCUCUUGGUUACACCAACCCACAGGGGAUUAUUGUGUCCG